UACAAAAAUCAGUUAAAAGAUUCAUCAACUCCUCCACAAACCCCUAUAUAUAAUACUACAAGGAAUGUUCUUAAACCAUCAACCAGACUUAAAUAUUUCUCACUGACCUUCACAAUACAGGCAAUAUUCCCCUUCACAAUACAGGCAAUAUUCCAUCUCAAAAUCAGAAUCACAAUGAAGAACUUACUCGGUGGAAAUUUGGCAGGUAUCCCCAUGAGUUCAGCAGUAUGCUCAAUUGAAAGGCAGCCAAAAAGACUACUGGCCCUAUCUGCUUGUGAAGACCAUAUUGUUCCAUAUGCAACUUCAAAGAACUUAUCUCAAAUAAAGCAAAGAAAAUAUGUCAUUGGUAAGAUGAACAAAUUGGGAGAAAGGAUGGACUGUCUUGCACAAGGCAUCCGUGAGCAUGUGAGCCUAGGCCCGAAACUAACAGAAACUUUAAAGGGAAAAUUGAGCCUUGGAGCAAAAAUUCUUCAAGUAGGGGGUUUGAAGAAGAUAUUCAACCAGAAGUUUAGUGUUAGAGAUGAUGAAAAGCUAUUGAAGGUUUCUCAAUGCUAUUUAUCAACAACAGCUGGUCCAAUAGCAGGCCUUCUCUUCGUCUCUACUGUUAGGGUUGCUUUCUGCAGUGAGAGAUCAAUAAAGCUCUUAUCUCCAACUGGAGAGUUACUUAGAAUUCGUUAUAAGGUAUCGAUCCCAAUAAGUAAGAUGACGAAAGCAAAAGAGAGUGAAAAUAUGGAAAAGCCAUCACAGAAGUAUAUACAGUUAGUUACAGAGGAUGAAUUUGAGUUCUGGUUUAUGGGAUUCCUCAAUCAUCAAAAGACUCUGAGAUGUCUGCAGCAGGCAAUCUCAAGUUCAAGCAAGAUAAGAAGAUAACGUUUUUUUCCUCUCGUUCUUCAAUGUAAAAUGUUCAUGGCAAAAUGAAGUUAGAGAUCUGUUAAAACUAGUAACUAGAUCCAUUGCUCAAAGGAGGCUUUAGGUUCAAGCUUUGUGCCUUAUGAGCUGAUGUGAAUGUAUAGACUUAUUGUAAAACUUAUGCAAACAGAUGUGUUUUCUUUAAA